AUGCUUCCAAAGUUGUUCUUCAUCAUUUCUACACUAAUUUCCUCCUUCAUCUUCUCUCAUUCUUACUCCCAGUGUCUUCACCAUCAGAAAACUUUGCUGCUUCAACUCAAGGAUGAGUUGAGCUUCGAUUCUUCCGUUUCAACAAAAUUGGUGCGAUGGAAUGAAAGUGAUGAGUGCUGCAAGUGGCACGGUGUGGACUGUGAUGCUGCUGGCUACGUCGUUAGUUUGCAGCUCGAUCGUGAGUCCAUUUCUGGUGGAAUCACGGAUUCAUCGAGUCUCUUCAGACUUUUGCAUCUGCAGAAGCUAAAUCUAGCCUACAAUUCUUUCAACAACACUCCCAUUCCGAAAGGUAUUCACAAUCUCACCUAUUUGACACACUUGAAUUUAUCCGAUGCUGGAUUUGGUGGGCAGGUUCCAGCUGAAAUUUCUUCCUUGAGGAGGUUGGUUUGUCUCGAUAUCUCCUAUGAUGAUAGAAUAUCUGUGAAACUGGAGACGCUUGUCCAAAAUUUAACAGGGCUUCGAGAGCUCUAUCUUGAUCAUGAUGUCAAUGUUACUUCUAACGAUCUUUCAACAGAACUUCCAGACUUGUUCACCAAUUUUCCAAGUUUGACCACUUUGUCUCUUUGUGGCUGCGGUUUGAAGGGUUCGAUUCCAUCCACCUUUGCUAACCUAACCAACCUGAUUCGUCUCGAUUUGUCAAGUAACUCUUUCUUAGGCUCACUUUCUUCUACGCUGUUUGAAGGUCUUUCAAAUCUUGUUUAUUUAGAUUUGAGGAGUAAUUCAUUCUCUGGUAAUAUUCCCCACUCUCUCUUUGAUCUCCCUUCAUUGUUGCAACUUGAUCUUCGCAACAAUCAGUUUAAUGGCACUUUUCAUCUGGACAACUUUCGAAGUCUUGCCAAUCUAACCCUACUUGGUCUAUCUCACAAUAGAUUGUUAGUAGAUGUUGGCAACCUCAAUUCAACUUCAUAUGGAAGUCUCCAACUAAAAGUGUUAAGACUAGCUUCAUGUAAAUUGUCCCAUUUUCCUAAUUUCACUAAACAUUUGGAUAUGGAAGAAGUGGACCUCUCAAACAAUCAGAUUGGUGGGGAGAUACCUAGCUGGAUUUGGGGAACACAGCUUUGGUAUUUGAACCUCUCUUUUAAUCUUCUAACAGAUCUACAAAAGCCUUACCAUAUCCCUGCUUCUCUUCUAUAUCUAUACUUGGACUCAAACCAGCUCAAGGGUGAGUUCCACCUGCCCAUUCCACCUGUGUCUCAUCUCAUGUACUUGUCUGCUGCUAAUAACAGUUUAAGUGGAUUCAUUUCAACCUCCCUUUGCAGUUCCACAAGGCUCAUUAGUCUUGACUUGUCUGGCAAUAAAUUAAGUGGCAUACCCCCUUUUGAAAACAUUAGCAGCAUCAAUUUGGGGCAAAACAGCAUAGGCGGUCACAUCCCUGAUAACUUUUCUCAGGAUUGUAAGCUACAAUAUUUAGAUCUUAACAAUAAUAGUUUACAAGGGAGAAUCCCAAAGUCCCUUCAAAAUUGCAGGUGUUUGGAGUUGUUGAACGUUGGGAACAACAACAUCAACGACACCUUCCCAUGCAUGCUAUCAUCCACCUUGCGUGGUCUUGUUUUGAGUUCCAACCAAUUCCAUGGAGAAGUCACAUGUCACACGACCUGGCCACGACUUCAAAUUGUGGAUAUAUCUUCAAAUAAUUUCAGUGGAUCUCUGGAAUCAAUAAACUUCUCUACUUGGAGUUCAAUGCUGUUGAAAGACAUUAAUGGCUACUACCCACUGUCCAUCUCACUAACCAUUAAAGGGCAUUUCGAGACAUACGAUCUUACCUCACUUCAUCAGCUCAACUUCUCCCACAAUGCCCUCGAUGGAAGCAUCCCAAAAUCAUUUGGUCAGUUGAGGAGUCUUGAAUCACUCGACCUCUCUGGAAACCGACUAACAGGGCUGAUACCAGUGGAGCUUGCAGGCCUCACAUUCCUUUCAUUUUUGAAUCUGUCCUACAAUAAGCUGGUUGGAAAGAUUCCAAAUGGUCGGCAGUUUCAAACAUUUUCUGCUGAUUCCUUCAAAGAGAAUCCGGGGUUGUGUGGUUUCAAUGUAAACAUAAGCUGCAGUGGUAGUGAUGGCAGUGAUCAUUUGUGGCCACAAGAAUAUGAAAAUGGGGAAGAUCAAAAGAGUGAGAUUGAGUGGGAAUAUGUAUCCGCUGCACUUGGAUAUGUUGUGGGCUUAGGAAUCAUUGUGUGGCUACUUCUUUUCUGCCGAAGCUUCAAAGAAAGAUAUUUUGAGAAAAUAGAAGAGAAAAUCUUGUUGCUUCAACUCAAGGAUGAGUUGAGCUUCAAUUCUUCUCUUUCAACAAAAUUGGUGCGAUGGAAUGAAAGGGGUGAGUGCUGCAAGUGGCACGGUGUGGAAUGUGAUGUUGCUGGCUACGUCGUUAGUUUGCAGCUCGAUAAUGAGUCCAUUUCUGGUGGAAUCGCGGAUUCAUCGAGUCUGUUCAGACUUGUGCAUAUGCAGAAGCUAAAUCUAGCCUACAAUGAUUUCAACAACACUCCCAUCCCGAAAGGUAUUCACAAUCUCACCUAUUUGACACACUUGAAUUUAUCCCAUGCUGAAUUUGGUGGGCAGGUUCCCGCUGAAAUUUCUUCCCUGAGGAGGUUGGUUAGUCUCGAUAUCUCCUAUGAUUAUAGAAUAUCUGUGAAAUUGGAGAUGCUUGUCCAAAAUCUAACAGGGCUUCGGGAGCUCUAUCUUGAUUAUGUCAAUGUUAAUUCCUCUCAUGAGAGGAGAAAAUGGAGCCACAUUAUAUCAUCAUAUUUACCCAACCUCACUGCGUUGAGCUUAUAUGAUUGUGGUUUGUCUGGCCCUUUAGCUAAGUCCUUUUGGCAACUCCAUUCCCUUUCCAUCCUUCGACUAGAUUACAACCAUCUUGGACCAGAACUUCCAGACUUGUUCGCCAAUUUUCCAAGUUUGACCACUUUGUCUCUUUAUAACUGCGAUUUGAAUGGUUCGAUUCCACCCACCUUUGCUAACCUAACCAACCUGAUUCAUCUCGAUUUGUCAUAUAAUUUCUUCACAGGCUCACUUUCUUGUACGCUGUUUGAGGGUCUUUCCAAUCUUGUUUAUUUAAAUUUUGGGUAUAAUUCAUUCUCUGGUAAUAUUCCCCACUCUCUCUUUGCUAACCUAACCAAGCUGAUUCGUGUCGAUUUGUCAAGUAACUCUUUCAUAGGAUCACUUUCAUCAACGCUGUUUGAAGGUCUUUCCAAUCUUGUUUAUUUAGAUUUGUCAUAUAAUUCAUUCUCUGGCAACAUUCCCCACUCUCUCUUUGCUCUCCCUUCAUUUUCGGUACUUGAUCUUAGCAACAAUCAGUUUAAUGGCACUUUUCAACUGGACAACUUUCCAAGUCUUGCCAAUCUAAUCUUUCUUGAUCUAUCUGAAAAUAGAUUGUCAGUAGAUGUUGGCAACGUCAAUUCGACUUCAUAUGGAAAUCUCCAACUAAAAACAUUAGAACUAGCUUCUUGUAACCUGUCCCAUUUUCCUAGUUUCAUCAAACAUCUGGAUAUGAUAUACGUGGACCUCUCAGACAAUAGGAUUGGGGGAGAGAUACCUAGUUGGAUUUGGGGAACGCAACUUGUACGUUUGAACCUCUCUUAUAAUCUUCUAACAGAUCUGCAAAAUCCUUACCAUAUCCCAGCUUCUCUUGAAGAGCUAUACUUGGACUCUAACAAGCUCAAGGGUGAGUUGCAUCUGCCCAUUCCACCUGCGUCUCUACUUGGAAUCUUACUUGUUGCUAAUAACAGUUUAAGUGGAUCCAUUCCAACCUCCCUCUGCAGUGCCACGAACCUUGAUAUUCUUGAUUUGUCUGGUAAUAAAUUAAGUGGCAGCAUACCCCCUUGCUUACUUGAAAACAUUGCAGAGUUAGAUCUAAGCCAAAACAACAUCAGCGGUAGCAUUCCAGAUAAUUUUCCUAUGGAUUGUAGCCUACAAUAUUUGGAUCUCAAUAAUAAUACUUUAGAAGGGAAAAUCCCAAAGUCCCUUGAAAGAUGCGAGUUGUUGGUGUUCAUGAAUGUUGGGAACAACAACAUCACUGACAGUUUCCCGUGCAUGCUAUCAUCAUCCAGGGGGUUGCACCUUCUUGUUUUGCACUCUAACAGAUUCUAUGGAGAGGUGAGAUGUCAUGACAUGAGCUGGCCAUAUCUCCAAAUUCUUGAUAUAUCUUCCAAUCAGUUCAGUGGAAAUCUGGAAUCGAUAAACUUUUCUGGUUGGAAGACAAUGAUGCUACAGAGUGAUGACCAAUUGAGGUCUGGCAAUUCAGUUUACUAUUACUCACAAUUGUGGAAAUCAUUAAGCAUCACAUUAAUCGUGAAAGGGAUAAAUUCAGAGUUUCACACGAUUUGGUCAGAGUUUGGUACCAUUGAUUUCUCGUGCAAUAAUUUUGGAGGAGAGAUACCAAAUGCAAUUGGUGAUCUUACCUCACUUCAUCAGCUCAACCUCUCCCACAAUGCCCUCAAUGGAAGCAUCCCAAACUCAUUUGGUCAAUUGAGGAAUCUCGAAUCACUCGACCUCUCUGGAAACCGACUCACCGGGCUGAUACCAAUGGAGCUUGCAGGGCUCUCAUUCCUUUCAGUCUUGAAUCUGUCCUACAAUAAGCUGGUUGGAGAGAUCCCAAAUGGGCGUCAGUUUCAAACAUUUUCAGCUGAUUCCUUCAAAGGAAAUCCAGGGUUGUGUGGUUUCAAUCUCAACAUAAGCUGCAUUGAACAUUUGUGGCCACAAGAAGAUGAAAAUGGGGAAGAGAAGAGUGAGAUUGAGUGGGAGUAUGUAUCUGCUGCAGCUGGAUAUGUCGUGGGCUUAGGAAUCAUUGUGUGGCUACUUCUUUUCUGUCGAAGCUGCAGAGAAAGAUAUUUCGAGAAAAUAGAAGAUGUUGUUGACAACAUAUUCUACGAGAGAGCGAGGAAAAGAAGGCAUGAAAGAAGAAGCAAAAGAGUAGAGAUGAGAAAAGAGAUUAGGAGACAGCAGCAGCGAAGUUGA